GGGGGGGAGCGCCGCCUCCGCCGGGGGAGCGCGGAGGAGAAGGGAGGAAGGCAGGGAUCAUGCACGGGGGGAUAAGGCGCUAGGGGCAGGAGGCGGGUGGUCGCCCGGAGACUCCGCACCUCGGGAGUGACGUCCUGCUGCAGUGCCGCCGCCUGCCUACGCUGCCCGAGCUCGUCAAUGGAGCUGGAAAACAUCGUUGCCAACACCGUCUUGCUGAAAGCCAGGGAAGGGGGUGGAGGGAAACGCAAAGGCAAAAGCAAAAAGUGGAAGGAAAUCUUGAAAUUCCCUCACAUUAGCCAGUGUGAAGAUCUCCGAAGAACAAUAGAGAGAGAUUACUGCAGCAUAUGUGAAAAGCAGCCGAUCGGAAGGCUUCUCUUUCGGCAGUUCUGUGAAACUCGACCUGAGCUCGAGUGCUGCAUUAGGUUCCUUGACUCGGUGGCAGAAUAUGAAAUUGCUCCAGAUGAAAAGCUGGGAGAGAAAGGAAAGGAAAUCAUGAUGAAAUACCUCACCCCAGAGUCUCCAGCCUGCGUUCCCGAAGUCAGUCAAGAUCUUAUCCAGCAGACAGAGGAGAAGCUCGAAAACAGCCCCUGCAAAGAGCUAUUCUCUCACUGCACAAAAUCUGUCCUUGACCACCUCAGUGGGGAACCAUUCCAAGAAUACCUAAACAGCAUGUACUUCGACAGGUUUCUCCAGUGGAAGUGGUUGGAAAGGCAACCAGUAACGAAAAACACGUUUCGGCAGUACAGGGUACUAGGGAAAGGUGGCUUCGGGGAGGUCUGCGCUUGCCAAGUCCGAGCGACAGGGAAGAUGUACGCCUGCAAGAGAUUAGAGAAGAAGAGAAUAAAAAAGAGGAAAGGCGAAUCCAUGGCACUAAAUGAAAAGCAGAUUUUAGAAAAAGUCAAUAGUCAGUUCGUAGUCAAUUUAGCCUAUGCCUACGAAACAAAGGAUGCACUGUGUUUAGUUCUGACCAUAAUGAAUGGAGGUGACCUGAAGUUUCACAUCUACAACAUGGGAAACCCAGGCUUUGAGGAGGAAAGAGCUUUGUUUUAUGCAGCAGAGAUUCUUUGUGGCUUAGAAGACCUACACAGAGAAAAUACUGUGUACAGAGAUUUGAAGCCAGAAAAUAUCCUGCUAGAUGAUUAUGGCCAUAUUAGAAUAUCUGAUUUGGGUCUAGCUGUUAAAAUCCCUGAGGGUGAAUCAAUCCGUGGAAGAGUAGGAACAGUAGGAUAUAUGGCUCCAGAAGUGUUGAACAACCAGAGAUACACACUCAGCCCUGACUACUGGGGACUGGGCUGUCUCAUUUAUGAAAUGAUUGCUGGGCAAUCACCAUUUCGUGGAAGGAAAGAGAAGGUGAAGAGGGAAGAAGUGGACAGAAGAGUGCUGGAGACAGAAGAGGUGUACUCCCACAAGUUUUCUGAGGAGGCCAAGUCCAUCUGUAAAAUGCUCCUCACCAAAGACGUGAAGCAGCGGCUAGGAUGUCAAGGGGAAGGUGCCACAGAAGUGAAGAGGCACCCCUUUUUCAAGAGCAUGAAUUUCAAGCGGUUAGAAGCAGGAAUGCUGGAUCCUCCCUUUGUCCCUGAUCCCAGAGCAGUAUACUGCAAGGAUGUGUUAGACAUUGAGCAGUUCUCCACAGUGAAAGGAGUUAACCUGGACCAAACAGAUGAUGAUUUCUAUUCCAAGUUUUCCACAGGAUCGGUGUCUAUUCCGUGGCAAAAUGAGAUGAUAGAAACAGAGUGUUUCAAAGAACUGAAUGUAUUUGGACCAAAUGGUACUAUUUCACCAGACCUAAACAAAAGCUACCCCCCAGAGCCACCCAAGAAGGGAUUGCUACAGAGGAUAUUUAAACGACAGCAUCAGAACAAUUCAAAGAGUUCUCCAAAUUCAAAGGCCAGUUUAAAUCACCACAUAAAUUCAAAUCACGUAAGUUCAAACUCCACUGGAAGCAGCUAGUUCCAACUCAGUUUUAUGAAACAACAUGUUGCAUCCUUCCACUAUAAUCUAUGGAGCUUCUAUGGAUGAGAGAGCCUCCACCGUUGAGUGAAAAAAAAAAAGGAUCUCCCAAAAAUGGAGAUUGUCUAUCCAUUCCUUCCAGUGGAGCCUCGCAUUUUAAGAAGAAUUUUCCACUCAGGUCUGUUUUUGGAGGUGGCACUCAAGACUGUGUGAAUCAAAUUUGUCUAUUUAGAACAUUGCAAUAGAAAUUCAAUGAACAUGACUACUUGCACGUAUUUAAAUAGCAUCAUACUAGAACUGAAUUUUGUCUUUAUUAUUUUUAAAGAAAAGUUUUGUAAAUUUCUCUAUUGUCUCAGUUUACAUUUUGUACAUUUGUAUUUAAAUGAAAGUCAGACUUUGGAGGUGUAUAUUUUCCAAGCAGCAGCUGUAAAGCCAUGUGUUUUAAGACAUUUUUUUAAAAGAAAAAAAAAUGUGACUCAAGACUUCCAGAGCCUCAAACGAGAAAUCAUUCUUUUUAGUAAUUCUAGAAAAUUAUUCAUAAAUCACUUUAUCAGACUGGGUUUUAUUGACAUGCAUUUUUAUGGAACAGUUUAUUCUUAAUUAUUUUACAUCUGUAUAUUUGGUUUACAGCAACACUGCAUACAUUUCUCCUCUUCAUUAGUUUGUAAUGUCUCGCAUUAAAUGCUAAAAGACAAGAUUUUGAUGCAUUCAAGAAUGCUACUUGCUAUGCCUAAGAUUUGUGAUGUCAUGGGACCAGCACAGCUGAGAUUUGCACUUACUUACGUUGUUAGCUCAUCAUAACCUUUUUAGUUAGAAAGGGAACCCUAUUUUAAGCCCUUCUCCUUCACUAGUUUUUGUGCUGUUUCUAAUGACAGCAAGAACAAAGCUGAGGGAUAGGUGACCAGGAAAGCAAACGACCAUUUGUUUUUCAAGGACUUGAAACCUGCACCUGCUGAAAUGAGAACAAAACUCAAAGCGUUCUCCAUGCUGCAGUCCAAAGUCCUAGACCUUUCCACAGUUGCCCAUAUCAAACAGGUAGCAAGAGAGAAAAUCACUAGACUGGUUUGUGCUGACCAUGAGAUUCAUGACAGCUUUCUAGAGCUGAGCUGUGGAGGUUCAGAGUGGGAUCUGAGCUGCUUUUGAGCAGUAGCAGACCCUAUAGGUUGUGUCUGCACUUAGAGAGUACUUCCAUGUGUCAUGCCAAACACACCAUGACUCGUCCCCUCAAUUAGAUCCUCAACUUAAUUGAAUAAACUUUCAGUUAUGAAAUAAGA